AUGUAUUGGCAAUGGGAUAUGUGGUUGUUACUUUGGGUUUCUAGACUUUUCUUCCUUGAAUCCUUUUGCCAAUUGUUUUGUAGAGCAUCUGUUGACAAUAUGACUGAUGAUAACCAUAUAAUUUAUAUUAGUGGGGCCUUAUAUGACCAUACCUUCCUCUGUGAUAACAUCUCACAAAAGAGUUCUUGUAGCCUCAGUAUUAAGGGUAAAUAUGUCGAAUUGGGCUGGAGACGUCUGGUCCUCCAUCAUGAGCUCAGUUUUCAUCACAGGAGGAACAAACUUCUUAGUGGGAAUUUUGAUAUUUUUGUUCAUGGAACUCUAGCCAAACCAUAUACCCUUCAUAUUCCUAAACUUCUCCCCAACUUUCAAGAUUUCAUCUAA